AUGGCGGAAGGCAAUGAAAGCUGGAAGAACAAGGACGAUCAGGAAGAGGACGAGGAAGACGUUGAUGAGACCGCAUACACCACCCAAAAAGAUGCCGUUCUCUUCGCAAUCGAAGUCAGCGAAUCUAUGCUCGCUCCUCCUCCACACUCCGACUCCAAGAAAUCCGAAACCGACAGUGCAACUGCUGCUGCCAUCAAGUGCGCAUACCAAAUCAUGCAACAGCGCAUAAUAUCACAUCCGAAAGACAAGAUGGGCGUCCUCCUUUUUGGCACUGAAAAAUCAAAGUUUGAGGAAAGAGAUGACAAUGACAAUGGCAAUGUCACAUACCCGCACUGCUACCUUUUGACCGAUCUUACUGUCCCGUCAGCAGCGGAUGUCAAAGCCCUGAAGGCCAUAGUAGAAGAUGAGGACGAAGCUCAAAGUUUGCUAAAGCCAAGUGAAGAACCUGUUGAUAUGCCAAACUUACUAUUCUGCGCCAACCAAAUCUUCACUAGAGGGGCACCGGACUUUGCAUCCAGAAGAUUGUUCAUCAUCACAGACAAGGACGACCCUCAUUCAGCAAAUAAGGCCCUGAGAUCAUCAGCCACUGUUCGGGCAAAGGAUCUCUAUGAUUUGGGCGUUACCAUUGAAUUGUUCCCCAUAUCUCAUCCGGAUCACAAGUUCGACCGCACAAAGUUUUACGAUGACAUCAUCUAUCGCGAUCCAGCAGAUGAUGGAGGUGACUUGGCAACAGCCCCUAGGGAUUUCAAAUCUGCUGGUGGUGAUGGCAUAAGCCUUCUUAACGACCUCAUUUCAGACAUCAAUUCCAAGCAAUUUACGAAACGCGCACUCUUCUCCAACAUGAAAUUUGAGAUUGGUCCUGAGUUCCAAAUCUCGGUCAAGGGGUAUAAUCUUCUCCAGCCUGCAAAACCGGCAAAGCAAGACUGGGUUUACCAAGGAGGCGAAACAAAUCAGAUAGUGAAGCCGGAAUCAGCUCGUUUGAAUGACGAUGACACCAAACCCGUUGAAAAGGACGAAAUCAAGAAAGCCUACAAAUUUGGCGGCACUCAAAUUUUGUUCACAUCCGAGGAACAGGAAAAGUUGAGAUCGUUCGGUAAGCCUGGCAUUCGGAUUAUAGGCUUCAAACCUCAGUCGAUGCUACCAUUCUGGGCUUCCGUCAAGAAAUCUACAUUCAUAUAUCCCAGUGAGGAAGGCUUUGUUGGUUCAAGCCGUGUUUUCUCGGCACUAUGGCAGAAACUUGUAAAGAACAAGAUCAUGGGCCUUGCAUGGUUCAUCGCCAGACAAAACUCGAGCCCGACCAUUGUCGCCAUCUUGCCCUCGGAGGAACGCCUUUCCGAAAACACAGGUCUUCAACUCAACCCUGCCGGACUAUGGCUCUACCCCCUCCCCUUCGCCGACGACAUCCGCGAAGCCCCAGACCAACUCACACAAGUCUUCAGCCCCGAUAAUCUCACCAACGAAAUGCGCACAGUAAUAAAACAACUGCAACUCCCGAAAGGCAUCUACGACCCAAGCAAAUACCCCAAUCCAUCCCUACAAUGGCACUACAAGAUUCUCCAAGCCAUAGCAUUAGAAGAAGACAUCCCCGAGACGCCAGAAGAUAAAACCGUACCCAAAUACCGCCAAGUAGAGAAGCGCGCUGGUGAGUACAUACAUAACUGGGGCCAGCUACUGGAAGAGGCGACCAAUGUUUACCGGAAAGAGCAUGGCUCAGGCGCAAAGCACGAGCGAGCUGAUUCGGACGGUCCGGUGAAGAAAAAGGUCAAGACGGAGGGGCUGGAUAAUGUGGGUGACGAUGAGCUGAAGAAAAUUAUUAGUACUGGGAAGCUAGCUAAGCAUACUGUUGCGGAACUGAAGGAUUUGCUGGCGGCGAAGGGCUUGAGUAAUAGUGGGAGGAAGCCGGACUUGAUUGAGAGGAUCGAGCAGUGGGCUGAUGAGAAUUAA